AUGAAACGCUUUGGACUUAAAGACCUAUGGAAAGUGACUGCGGGACAGGCUGGUGGGGCUGCUGCUACUACCGACACCAACAUCAGUCAGUCCAGCCCCAGCUCAAGACCCAACCACCGGCCAGACCCUGCUGACCUGACCCUCAGUGUGAUCACUUCACUGCCCGGUCCUCCUCAGGGUCGAGUGGACGCCCAAGUGUCUGACGGGGACAAGACGGGCGCUACGCUACUGUUCUCCGGGAUCUUCCUGGCCUUGGUCGGGAUGACGUUCACGGCCAUGGGCUGGAUAAACUAUGACGUGAGCCUUGCGUUCGAGUGGACACAGCUCCUGGGGCCGAUCCUGCUGUCUGUCGGGGGCACGUUUGUGCUAAUCAGCGUCUGCAAGUUCAGAAUGCUCUCCUGCCAGGCCUGCAGACAGCGGGAGGACGGCGGCAGGGCUGAGGACGCAGAGGUAGCGCACAGCCAAUCCUUCGUCUUCACCGGCAUCAACCAACCAAUCACGUUCCACCGCGCCACGGUGGUGCAGUACAUCCCACCCCCUUAUGCAUCUGUCACACAGGAACAGCAGGUGUCUGUGAGCAGCCCGCCACUGUACUGCAGCGUCUGCCCACUGGAGAGCCCUGCUCUGGUCAGCAGUGACUGCCUCGCGCCCAGUGCCCUCUCCAGCCGGCGAGAAAGCAGGAAUCCUACAGGAGGAGAGGAGGAAGAGGACAAAAAAAAUACUGAUGAAGAGGACGGGGUCUUUCCACCAGCUUAUGACGACCUCUACCCAGCUCUACCAAGUGACAAUGACACUUAAGUUUUCUGUUUUACAAAUAAAAACAUAUAUAUAUUUCAUACGUUCCCACCACAAAGGAUUGGUGACUUCAAA